AUGUGCGGUAAAGGAUGCGAAGUGAAGGAAGAACAAUGGCAGCAUCUUAAGAAUGAUGUUCACUCGGACGACCCGAUCGACACAUCCGUUGGAAGUGAUAGAAACUUAGCAGGGGCGCCAGCCAGAGUCUCUAUUCAACGUCGAUCUAUUGCCUGUCAUGUUAAGGAACAAUGGACGGAAUGGGACGAAUGUAUCCCCUUAUCCAGAGAGACGCCAGAUAGUUACUCCGGUUCGGAUAUUGACAACAGUAGGUUGUCUAAGAAUGAGGUCUCUGUUAAAUCUUGGGAUGUUGAAUAUCAUACCAAGGAACAAUAUUUCGAGACAGAACUGGAAAAAUGCGACCCCUUAUCCAGUGAUACAUCAUGUGAUUAUUCAGGUUCUGAAAUGUGUACGCCUAUGAAGGAGUUUGAUGUUAACGACAAUGGAUCAUCUAAGAGUGAGAUGACGAGGGACGAGGCACAUGACGAGGUUCUUUCAGCAGAAACCACAGAAAUCAGGGAAGAUCAUACAGAAGAUAUGACUCAUGUUGAAGCAAACGUUUUGAAGAGGAAUGUACAUGUAAGCGAAGCAGGUGUGUGCUUCCCGAAUGUAACAGAGGGCGAUAUGACUGAACUUAUAAAAGUUGAGCAAGAUAAAGAGAGAAGUCUAGAUGUUAGUAGCAAUAUUGUAAGCAACCCUGAAGAAGACAUUGACGAUUUGUUGAAGGAGCUGAAGGCAAAAGAAGAAAGAAGACGAGAAAAAGAAAACAAAAGACGAGAAGAGGAAGAUAAGAUACGUAAAGAUGAAGAUGAAAGAAGAGAAAAAGAGGAUGAAAUUCUCAAUACAAAUCAGAAAAACAAACGACAUGGUGAAGACAUUGAGGUACAAGCAAUAUUCAAAAGAAGUUGGGGAUUCUCAUGGAACCAGACAUGCUGCUUACAAAAAGCCAUGCAAUUUAGUGUGCAUGAUUCAAGAGAUUUACAAAUUAGAGUACAACGAACAAGAGAAAAUGAAAGACGAAAAGAGGAAGACAACCGGCGUAAAAACGAAGAUGAAUGGCGAGACGCAUAUGAUGACGUCUUGUCAAAUAUUGUAUGCACACAUGAGGCCAGACUAAAUGCGUUGAUGUCCAAACUAAAGGCUCAGGUCCAUCUAAAGCAGACAAAUGAAGAUGAGAGACGCAAAGAAGAACGUUUAUUAGAAGAAGAGGAAGAGAAAAUAAGGGAUGAAGAACGUAAUUUCCAAAAUUUGCAAACAGGCAUUCAGGGUAGUUGGAGACGCUCGUGUGGUGCAGUUUUCUGCUUUCGUCAAAACAUCUCAAAAGAUUUGGAGAGAAGAUCAAAGGAAAAUAGAAUACGAAAAGAAGAACAUUUAAAUCGGGAGAAAGCAAUAAUUAGAGAGGAAGAAGAAAGGAAGGCUACAUAUACGGAUCUUUCUGAGAAAAUGAACAUCAUUACAACGAAUCAGCAACGUAUCAUAAACAAAAGAAUGGCAGAUAUAAAUAAAAAGAGGUGUGAACAACUCUCCAAACGGGAAGAGGGAACUGCUGUUGAGUUUCAAAAAAUCAAAAUGCGACAGAAACAGUAUACAGAUGGCAAUAAAAAGAGGCUUGAACAACUCUUCAAAUGGGAGGAGGAAACUGUUUUGAAAUUAGAAGAAAUUACAAAAUCAAACAAAUGUAAUAAAGACAAUAGAACAGACUUAAAUAGAGAAGAAGAAAUUCCGGUGAAGUUAAAAGAAACAGUAAUACUGAACAAACAAAAUGAAGACAAUAGAAAAGAAUUGAGUGAAGAGGAUCAACUUGAAAAAAUGGAAGAAAAUAUUACUGUGAAGUUAAAACAAAAUGAAAUGCUAAACAAACAGCAUAAAGACCAUGCAAAAUACAUUUCAUCUAAAAAUGCAGAAGAAAAAUGGAAAAAGGGAAACAAAACACAUAUCAAACAAUUAACAGAAAUAGGAAACAUUCAUCGUCAGAUUGGUGAAAUAAAGGAAAACAAAUUAGAACUUGUUAAAGCAGUUGCCAUAUAUGAGUGUGCAAUGGUUCACUGUCAACAUGGUACAGAAGCAGACAUGGAAAACAUUAGGUUAAAAGAAAAGGAAACCCUCGAUCUCUUUUUCAAGCAAUGUACUGGCACAGGAUUGCCAAAAAACUAUUUUGAAGAUGACCGAGAAAACAAAGAAAAGCUUAAUGAUAUCAGAGAUGAACUCAAACAGAAAAUUUGUGAAAUUGAUCAGAAUCAAGACAUGUACAACUGUUAUGAACCAGAGCUACUUGGCAUUGAGAGAGAGAAACGCGAGAAAAAUCGCAUAGGUAAAAUCAAAGAAAUAUUUGAAUGGAUCGAAACAAAAAUGAAAGAAUUUGUACAAUCUUUGAUACGCCAAUGUCAAGAUAUAUUGGACUUUCAUCACAAUGACUUUGCCUUCAUAGCAUUUGGUUCACUGUCAAGAAAAGAAACCACUCCAUACUCUGAUGUUGAAUUUGCUGUAGUUCAGAAUUCAAAUGAUCCUAACAUGGAUGGUGAGUACAGAAAAAAACUUAUGAACAUGAUUAUGACACUUCAUCUUAAGUUCCUGUCCUUUGGUGAAACAGUCCUACCAGCCAUGGACAUAAAAUCACUAAAUGACAAAAAUGACGAAAGCAAGGAUUGGUAUUUAGAUUUGAGAAAAUAUGUUAAAACCAAACAAGGGAUAUCAUUUGAUGGUUUGAUGCCCCGAGCAAACAAAACACCUUACUUUACGUGCAAGACAAAUGUACCAGGUAACAAGGACUUCUGCUUAACAGACACCAAAACAGCAUUCAUGAAAUUAUUCAAUGCUGAGGGUGACAAGGCAGUAGUGAAACAAUUGCUGUAUUUCUUUAAAGGAGACUUCACAACACUGUUUGGAGAUGAAUCCAUUGAGACUGACUUGAAAAAGUGCUUUAAAGAAUCUCCACAAAGGGAGAAAAUUAUACAACUGAUUGUUGAGGAGUUGGAAGAAGACUUUGUAAAACACUCCUGCGUCAAAAAGAUUUAUGAUGCCAAAUAUAAGAGUAAACUCAUUAAAAAGAAUCAGAUACAUGUGAAAAAAGAACUCUAUCGUCUCCCUAGUGUUGUGAUUAAUAACCUACUUCAUCUGAUAGACAAUAGCAUAACAUGUGUAUGGGACCUUCCCGAAAAUCAUCCCAAAUUAAACAGUAAAGUCAUUCACAACUUAAAAAUGACAUUAUCAACAUCUGCAGAAAUUUGA